CAUUCUCGAACAAUUCGCAGAACACUAGGCUGAAAUAUGGCGGUAUCUGCGGGAUUCGAAAAUGUUUCGUGACAGUUUCAAGUAUUACAAGAGCCGAAAUCCCACACCCGAUCUCAGCAACGUGAUAGAUCUCGAAACUCCAAACUGCGUCAGAGUUAGGAACGUCGAACUGUACGCUCCUGAGAAACCCAUCGAAGACGGUUUGGGGCUAAGACCUGUGGAAAAAUGGAAAGUUUACGAAUUGCUAGAUAUUCCCGGACUGUUUUUUAUUCAAAAUCCAUUUACACCAAACGGUCAAAGAUACUGGAUUAUAAAAUGCCUAAAAGAUUACUCCAAGGAACCAUAUAAAUUAAAUAUAGAUGUCCACAAUGUUUUACGCAAUGAAACAUGGUGGAACUUGUGCUUUCAAACUUCGGAAGGGUCCAAGGCUCUUCUGCCAAAGCUACGAUGGGCGACGCUAGGUUAUCAUCACAACUGGAACACCAAAUUAUAUUCCGAAAAAUCAAAGAGCGACAUGCCUGUAGAAUUGUCUGACUUAACAUCCGUGUUGGCGGAAACGUUAGGUUUCUCGGAUUUCAAGGCGGAAGCGGCGAUCGUAAAUUACUAUCGAAUGAAUUCGACCUUGGCAGGGCACACGGAUCACUCGGAGAUCAAUGUCACGGCGCCCUUGUUCUCAAUCAGUUUCGGACAGACGGCUAUUUUUCUGAUCGGUGGGUUGAAACAAGAAGAUCCUGCUAAUGCGAUGUUUCUGCGAAGCGGAGACAUACUAAUAAUGUCGGGCAGCUCUCGUUUGAGGUAUCACGGAGUGCCGAAGAUACUGCCGUUGUCCGAAACACCUUGGGACGAUGAUCGCGAAGACAAGAAUGAGGAUUACACUUACAAUCGGGACGAUUGGAACAAAGCACGAACUUACGUCGCCGAAGCUAGAAUUAAUUUGAAUGUACGACAAGUUCUGAGGCCUGGAGAGAUUGUAUUAUAUUAAAUGUAUUAUACAUUGUACUU